AUGGCUCCGAAGCAAGCAGGUGGCUUGGGAGUUGGGGAUGCGGUGAUUCGAAAUACAGCUCUGCUGUUCAAGUGGUGGUGGAGGUUCUCAAAAGAAGACUGUCCUUUAUGGAAGCAAGUUGUUUGCUCAUGCAACAACAUGAAUCCUACUGUGAUGCUGCAAGGCCAGCCGGCGCCCAUAAGAGGGGGUCCGUGGCGGGAUAUAUGCCAACUCCAAAUUAGUGAGUCGCAGUUGCGAGAAAAGAUGAUCAGCGGGUUGUCUAUGGAGCUAGGUAAUGGCAGAACAAUCCGGUUCUGGGAGGAUAGCUGGUUGCCGCCUGGGGUGUUGAAAGAUAUGUUUCCUAGACUCUUCUCGGUCUCAACCUUGCAAGGAUCUGUUAUAGGGGAUUGUGGGUUUUGGGAUGGGCUAGUUUGGAUUUGGAGUUUUCAGUGGAGGAGAGAGUUGUUCCAAUGGGAGUUGGAUUUAGUUCACCAGCUUCAUGAGCUGCUACAAUCGGUCAAGCCCACCAAUGGGAAAGAGGAUGGCGUGGUCUGGAAAUUUGAUAAAACAGGAGUUUACUCAACGGCUUCCUUUGGGAAGGUUUUGCAGGCGGAAGUCCUACCAGAGGAAAUCACUAGCUAUAGCUUCACUAGUGCUGUUUGGAAAGGACUGGUACCUCCGAGGGUUGAGCUGUUUACUUGGUUUGUCUUGGUUGGAAGGGUGAAUACUAAGGAUCGACUAUGUAGGUUCCGGGUCAUUCCUCAGCAUGAUAAUAGGUGUGUGCUAUGCGAUAAGGCUGAGGAAAAUGUCUUUCAUUUGUUCCUUGAGUGCGAGACCACAUGGAAGGUGUGGUGUGCUUGGCUGCUGGCCUUGGGACGACAGUGGAGCCUUCCAGGUACACUAAAGGAUCAUUUUGAAAGCUGGACGAAGUUAUCUAUAAGGAAGGUGGACAGAAAAAGGUGGUUCAUUGGGUUCUUUGCAGUUAUUUGGACAACCUGGCUAGAAAGGAAUGGUAGGCUCUUCAGAGAUCAUACUUCCAGCAUGGAGGACAUCAUAAACAGGUCGUUUAGGUACUCUGAAGAAUGGAGUGGUGUUGACCCAUUUGGUUGUUGA